AAAUACUUUUAUAUUAAUGAAUUUAUGAAAUUACUUAGUCAAUUUUUGAUAUCACAACUUUUGUAAUUUAAGUGCUUAUUUUUACUUAGCGAUGUUUUUACACGGAGUGUUUUUGAUGAGAUAUAGUAAAACAAUUUAACACUAUUUAUUAUCGCGUUGCGGUAUAUAAAUUAAAACUAUAAAUUGCGUGUUUUGUCGACUAUAGAGCAGUAUUAUCUUGUUUUGGAUUUUAUCUAUUACUACGGCCAGUGCAGUGUUAGUCGCCGAUUUCCUUUCCACUCAGUAUAAUUCGAUUUAGUUAUUAAUAUUAAUUCGUGGUUGUCGCUCGCCAGCUUUUGUAACAAUUAACCCGAUACCCAUAUUUUUUUCGUUUCUUACAAGUAUAUAACUCUUAUUUUCACUUGAUGAUAUCGCUUAUAACUUAUAAGUUACACUGCCGUAUAUAAUCAUCAUCCAUAAUCUAUAUGUAGUUAACAAUUUUGCUUGUACUUUUCAGUUUAAAUAUUUGACUAAAAUAAAUCGGAAAAGUCGAUCUGCUAUUUAUAUAGUAGGUGUUUUUUUAUAUUUAAGAUACCACGCAACAAUUCAUUCAGCUUCGAUUGACAGUGGUGUGUAGUCUCGAACGAACCACAAAAUGGUCAACAGUGAUUAUCAUCUGAUAUUCGGCAAUCCAGAUCCGAUGCGACAGAACACAAACUCGUUCGAAGCAGAAAAUGCCAAACAAAAUUUAUAUCUUCUGGUAAAAUUGGUAAUCGAAGUAAACGAAUUGAUAUAUAGACAACAUUCAGAUAAAAAAUCUUCAAUGGUACUUCAAAAACUAUUUGUAAUCAUUUUCAAUGCAUGGGAAGAGCAGACCUACAAACUCAGCAAUGCCUUGUGGAACACUUUCAGACACUGUGGUGGAAUGGAUUCACUAACUAAUAAUUGUGGGUCAGAAUAUGAAAUUGAACAGUUUUCGAAUGCUAGAUUUCUGGGAAAAUGCCUAACAGAAACAAGCGACUAUGUAUUGAAAAACGUAGAAGAUAAAGUGUUGCGCAUAGUAUGUAAAUACAAAACCCAAGUUAGCUCGGUCGAUGGACUUAAGUUUAAUUUCAGAAUCUUUGAAAAUGUAUUCAAACACUGCGAAAUCACUUUCAUUGAUCUAAACAAAAUCGAUGGUUUGGGCGUACUUCUCGACGAGUGGCGACGACAAGAAGUCUUGACUCUUAAACAAUCCCUCAAUGUACUUUUCAACUUAUGGAGGCUGUAUGAAUGUCCAAAAAACCAAAAUAUUAUGAUAAAGCAUAACGUACACGCACGGUUUUUCACGUUGAUGUUUAAUACUGAAGACAAUGUCAAGUAUUACAUUGCCAUUUUGGUCAUCGAUAAUGAAGUCAGGACAGCAAUAAUUAAAUCUAAAAUACCGACGUUGAUACCCAUCUCUAAUUUAGUUAAUUUCUGUGGCCAAAACCAAAUGUGCUUAGAAAAACGCACUCCUGUUUUGAAUUCUGAUAGCGAGAAAACGUCAAAUGCGUCCAAAGUCAGAAUCAAAAAACAGCUUAGAAAGAAAAGUAUGUUCAGAGCGAUAAACGUUAUUAAACCACUAGAGAAGGUGGCCAUUUUCUCUAAUGACACAACAUCCAGGUUAACUGAUCAAUCGUGUCAGUUGAUCGUUGAAGAAGUUCCGUACAGGCCCAACACAAGUGUUCACCAGUGGUCGGCGGAGGACGUCUGUAAAUGGUUCAAGAAGAAUGGGUUUAGUGAGUUGGCCAACAAUUUAUUGGAAAAUCGAGUUGAUGGUGAUCUAUUAUUGCGAUUCACCGAAGAUGAAUUGAAAAACGAAAUCGGAAUACACAAUGGAAUAAUGAAAAAUAGAUUUAUAAGGGAACUAAACAAUUUAAAACAAUCAGCCGAUUACAGUAGUAUCGACACAACUGAUUUAAACUCGUUUCUAAAAUCAAUAAGUUCGGAGUAUUCUGUGUACACAUAUCCCAUGUUGAACGCUGGGGUCAAACGGGAUUCAAUGAGGCUUUUAACUGAUGAACAACUCAAAAAUGAUUGUGGAAUUUCAAACGGUGUUCACCGAAGUUGUAUAUUAGCCUCGAUCAAAGAAAUGCCGGUGUACGUAGAAAACACGGACAAACCUUACGACGUGUUUAUCAGUUACAAAAGAUCUACUGAUUCUCUGCUGGCUAGUUUGCUUAAAGUAUAUUUGAAAAUUCGAGGUUACAAUGUGUUCCUCGACGUGAAACGAUCGGAUGAUGCCAAAUCUCGACAUCAUGUAUUGCAGACCAUAAGACAGACGAAGAAUUUUAUUAUUGUGUUGACGCCAGGUUCAUUAGAGAAGAACUUGAUGGAUUCGUCAGCCGGUGAUAUCGAAACUUUAGAGUUUAUUUGUGAGGAAGUAAUGACCGCGGAACAAACCCAGUGCAAUAUAAUACCAGUAUUGGACAACAGUUUCACUUGGCCUCCACCUGCACUGCUACCAGACGACUUGAAAAACUUGUGCAAUUACAACUCAAUAAAUUGGGUGCACGAAUAUCAGGAAGCGUGCGUGAAGAAGUUGGUAACGUUUAUGAACCAAUUUUAACGCAAUGUAUAUGUACUAUAAUUUAUAUAAUAUUGUUAUGGUAAUCUACUAGUACCUAUACAUAUACUUAUUAGUUAUUAAUACCAUUUUUUUAAUUGUGAUAAUUUAUAUUAGUACAUUUUUAAUCUUAACGAUAACAUUAAUUAGGGUAUAAAUGCAGUUUAGUUCCCACGCGAUUUUUUCGAUUUUUUUCCCCCCCAAAAUGUGUGUUUUAAAGUACUGAAUACAAAAGUCUAAUUAAAAAAUUCUCGCAAAUUAUUAUUUUGGAAGUUAUAACUUUCCAAAGUUUACGAUUGUACGUAUUUACGCAUGCACUUUGCUUUCCUACGUUUUCGUAUUGGAUUGUUUCCUCUUAUUAAUUAUGUUAUUUUGUCUUGUUAUAAUAUUAUAUAAAGUGUAGUUUUGAUGAAAAAUGUAGAUUAAUAUAUCUGUGACCAAUGUGUCCUAUAUGAGGUGGUUUUGCAUAGCAAGUCGAGGGAUAUUUUCGAUUUGUGGAGCGGAGCGACGUCGCCGAGGAGCGUAGCGACGAGUGCCGAUACACGCGUAGUCACUGCCGAGGGAUAUUGUGAUAUCAAGCUGUGAUACGGUGUAAAUGUUGGUUUUAAUUUACAAGUUUUUAAACAGCAAAUACGAUAGUUAAAAUCUAUUUGCAUAUUUCCGUUUAUCAUAAAAAACAUACAAUUUUAAAAAAAAUCAAAAAGUUUUUUCGAUGUUUUUAUCGAGGAUAUCACGUAUUUUUGAAAAGUUUACUGUUUUAUAGUUUUUUUUAUAUAACUUUUUAAGUAAAAAAAUGCGAGAAUUUUUUAAUUAGACUUUUGUAUUCAGUGCUUUAUAACACACAUUUUGGGAAAAACGUAAUCGAGAAAAUCGCGUGCAAGCCCAUGGGAACUAAACUGCAUUUGUUCCUUAAUUAGAAUUAAAUGUAUUGUUAUAUUAUGUAUUUACCUAUAAAAUUUUAUAUUAAAUAAAUUGUUUGUAUAAUGUUGUUACAAUGUUAUGUGAGAUAUAAUGGUGAUAUGCUGUAAUGCUGUACAACAACUGUGCAAUAAUUAAUAACUAAAUAAUAAUUAAUAAUUAUUUACACUAUUUCAAUAAAAAAAUAUCUAUGAAG